CGGGGCCUGCAAACUUUCGCUUUCGAUUCCCAGCGUCCGGAGCGUCGGUUGCGAACAACAGAAACUCCCCGCCCCGCGCUCAGUCCCGCCGCCCGCCGCUCCGGCCCGCCUGCCAGACGUCCAAUCCAGAGACCCUUGAGGAGGAUUACGAUUCAGUGGUGAUGCAUAAAGGAUUGGAAGAAAGGUGAGAAGGCCUGGAAGAAGGAUGGGAUGAUGGGACCACCCAGACAGGGAAGUCAACAUGGACAGAGGAAGGAAGAAGAGUUCCUUCUGGGAAGUCAGGGAAAGGCACUUGAUUGGAACAAAGUGUCCAGCAUGGAUACAGAGGAGGAAAGCUUAACAAUUCCCAUCAGUAAAGAUGUUUAUGAAAUCCUUACAAGACGAGAGAGCUGUCUACGUGACCUCAUUGAGAAGAAGUUUGGUUGUAUAUCUCUUUUUAAGAGUAUAAGAUGUCCCCUUGAAGUAUACAGGAAAACCCUGAAGGAAGGAAUUGAGAUAUCUGUUUGGAUGGAUGAUAUGACAAGACAUAAUGCUGAUGCUUUGGUGAAUGCAGCCAAUGAACAUUUGCACCAUAUUGGAGGCCUUGCUCUUGCCCUGGCGAAAGCUGGUGGGCUAGAAAUUAAACAAGAGAGUAAACGUUAUAUUGAGCGUCAUGGAACACUCACCACUGGUCAAAUAGCGGUAACAGGUGGAGGCAUGCUUUCUUGUAAGAAAAUUAUCCACACAGUAGGUCCAAGAUGGUCUGCAUAUGAAAGUGAGAGAUGUUGUCAAACACUUGAGGCAGCCAUUAUAAAUGUCCUGAAAUAUGUUAAUGCUCCAGAUAAUAAUAUAAAGUCUGUGGCUAUCCCUGCAGUGAGCUCAGGAAUUUUUGGCUUCCCACUAGAUUUAUGUGCUCAUGUGAUUGUACAGACUAUAAAGAAUUUUGUUGAGUUAGCUCCAUUAUUUGGCUGGGUCAAAGAAAUCCACUUGGUGAAUGUUGAUGAGCCCACAGUUGCAGCAAUGAAAAGGGCCUGUGAAAAGUUGCUGGGGAGGAGUGACAUCAACUCACUUCAGGAGACUCUGCCAGCUUCAGCAAACCAGCUUCAAGAUUCCAUCACAAUCAAUGGUCUUCACCUACAUAUCAUAAGAGGACAAAUUGAAGAUCAGCAAACUGCAAUUAUUGUUAAUUCUGUGGUCAUACAUGAUGAUCUGUCAAGAGGAAACAUUUCAAGAGCAAUUCUGCAAAAAGCAGGCUCAUUUCUUCAGCAGGAAUUUCUGUUUGAGUCUCAAAAACUUCCUCUAGCUUGUGAGAAAUUCAUAUUGACAAAAGGAUACAAUCUGGCCUGCAAGUCUGUGCUCCACAUAGUAUGGUCAUCACAAAGCCGCAGUGAUUCACGCAAGGUACUAAAAACUGCAAUGUCAAGAUGUUUGCUUAAGAUUCAGGAGCCUCCAUUUCCUUCAAUUUCCUUCCCAGUAAUUGGAUCUGGAGUAUUACAUUUGCCAAAGGAUGAAGUGGCAGAUAUUAUGAUUGAUGAAGUUUUAAGCUUUGCAAAGGAACAUCCUGGGAGGAAGUUAGAUGUGUAUUUUGUGAUCCAUCCAAAUAACAGUUCUGUCUACAAGGCUUUCCGAACCAAGUUUGAUUCAGCGAAAAGCAAACUGGGACAAGAUGUGGAAUGCAACAGAAGUGAUGAUUUGGGGUCACACUCUGACAGACAAGCUGAAAUGGAGAAUAAAAAAACUGGACCAGCCAUUGAACUUAUUGGAAACCGCUGUGAAACACUGGAAGCAGCAAAAAUAUGGAUCAAAAACAUAAUGCAAGUCCAGGAAAGUCACCAUAUCGUUAUCGAAAACAAUCACAUUUUUAACCUUAGCAAAAAAGAUCAUGCAGAACUGUCUCGUCUGCAGCGUUUCGGUGCAUCCAUAUCAGAAGAAGUGGUUGGUGGAAAGGCGAGAUUAGAGAUUCAAGGUCCUCCUGAUGCUGUAAUUGAUGCGGUGUUCUUGAUCGAAAAUUUACUGUGUGAUGCGCAAGAGAAUAAUAGAGCCAAGCAAGAGGAACUGCUGCUGUCAGAGGGCCAUCUGGAAACUGAUUAUCCUCCAGAAAGACUCCGAGACAAGACAAGGGAUACCAAAAUGCGUUACCAGAUCUCUCCAGUAGAAUCAUACUGCCAGGAAUUCAAGGACCGAGAAAAACUAUUUGAAAAAGCUGGGCUUCGUGUUCUCAAGAUAGAAAAAAUACAUAAUCCUGUUUUAUCAGCUGCCUUCCAACGGAUUAAAAAAUGUGUAGAAGGAAAAACUAUUGGAAAGCAGAUAUGCCAUAGAUUGUACCAGCGUGUUCCUGCUCAGUUCUGUAGCUUGGUAUGCAGAGCUGGAUUUCAGAGAACAUACUCCCCUCCACCAGAACAAAAAUAUGGAGCUGGCAUCUACUUUAUCAGGAACCCCAGAAACCUAAUGGAGGAUACCAAGGAAAAGUGUGAAAUGGACCAUCUAAUUUGUGUAUUUGAGGCUGAGGUAGUAACAGGCUUAUACACUGAGGGCAAACAGUCUUAUAUUAUGCCACCAGCAGUUGAUGCAGAUGGCAUGACUGUAUAUGACAGUGUAGUAGAUGAUGUUCACAAGCCUGAAAUCUUUGUCAUUUUUAACAGUAAUCAGGCCGUUCCACACUAUAUAUUGACAUGUUCCCAGAUUUGGGCUGAGGGGUCAGUGCCUUACUAGGCAACCAGGGGCCCGGUAGAUGAGAGUUCAUCAGAACCAUGGGACUUAGGCAUUCCCCAGAACAGAGUACAGAGAGCAUCCUGUUAAAACCCAAAUAGUAGCAUAUCUGACACUACUGCAGUAGUGUGGUGAUGGUGCCUUACCUAACAAUCUUGACACAUCUCUGUUGGUAUAUACAAGAGCUUAACCAGUAUAACCUAAGGAAGUUAAAACUAUAUAUAAUUUUAUAUCUGAAAGGUACGAGAUACAGAAUUCAGUUCACUAUUCCUGGGGUGGUGAAAAUAUAUAGCUUCAAAAAUAUGUAGAAGUUUUAUUUUUCUAUAAACAGCCACAGUAUGUACACUAUGCAUUUUAUUUUACUAAGGCACCAGAGAUGAGUAAAUAUAUAUUUAGUCACAAAUGUCUGUUUUAUAAAAGCCUGAAACAAUAUUUUAUAAACUUAAAAAUCACACAUUAGCAAAAACCAUCUAGUCCAAAGUAAUCCAUUGAGAUUAAAACAUGUAUUUAGGCUGUUCAUUUUAUUUUUAAUUCUGCUUUCACGUAUUUAGCUAACCAUCUACCAUGUGUUUCAACAACAGCUGUGUCAUCUUUUCAAGUGUUAUUUUAUAAAUAAGUUUAGAUGCUUAUAAAACAUGAAUUUAUUUGCGGUGUCAGUAGCGAUAAUUGUGUUGCUAUCAUUUUUAUUAGCUGUAUGAGAUGCCAACCACUGUAGGUAAAAUGUUUAAGAUAAAUAAAAAAAUUGC